AUGACUUGUUCUUCACAAUGUUAUCUCUCUUUGUUUCUCUUCCUCCUCACUCUGUUUUUCACUCUUUCUUCCUCCCACUCCACAACCCUACCCCUCUUCACACCAACAAAGCGCGCCACAACCAACACCCAAUGGCAACAGCUACGCCAGAUGGCAAUCGGCAGGUCGGCCAACAUCUCCUCCUCCACUACCCCUCUCUUUUCCAACCUUGACGGCCAGUACAUCUUCACCCUCUCCUUGGGCACCCCAACACAAUCCCUCGUGUUGUCCUUAUGCACCGGCUGCGUCCUUGUCUCGUUCCCUUGCGGGUACAACUUCUCGUGCGUGAAUUGCUUCAUCGACCCGAAAGAUCUUCUCACAUUCAAGCCCAAUCAAUCCAGCACCUCAUCUCCGGUUUACUGCGAUGACCAGUUACUGCAUAAGACCAUCUCCUCGGAUUUCAUCCCCGUUUGCACCAAAUGCAGUUCCAACAACUCGUGCUUCAAUACGCUGGCGGAGUACACCCACCCGCUAGAAGGCUCGGCGGGGUAUAUUCUAUCCGAGUCCCUAACCCUACCCGAAUUGAACCACCCGGAACCCAAUCUCCUUUUCGGGUGCGCUUCAAAGUCGGAUGGAUGGCCGCUAGGUAUAGGGAUCGCCGGGUUCGGGCGCGCCCCUUCAUCCCUCCCGUCCCAACUCAAUCUCACGAAAUUCUCCCACUGCUUUGUCUCAAAGACAUUACACGACGGUGACCGCAAUGUAAGCGGUUCUUUGGUUUUCACCUGGGGGGAAGAUAAUGAAAAAGAAGACGAAGAUUGCAAUGGAAAUUGCUACACUCCCUUGAUAAAGAUCACGAACGGAACAUGGCGAGACUCAAAAUACUUUGUCAACGUAGAGGAGAUUAUGGUCGGUGGAGUCAAGGUCGAGGUCCCGACGGAGGAUCUGACCACGACUGAGUAUGGAAACGGGGGAUUGAAGGUGGAGCCCGGCAUAGAGGCCACGCUCAUGGACAAAAGCGUGUUCGAACCAUUGGCGAAGGAGUUAGAGAAGCAAGUCGGGAAGAAGUACAGUAGGGAUACGUAUGCGGAGAACGAUUCUAUGUACUGGCCGUGUUUUUAUACUGGUGAGUCGGGUAUGAAUGGUAUGCCAGAAAUGGCUUUUCGUUUCCAAGAGGGGCUGGAGUUGGUUGUGCCAGUUGAAAAUUUGUUUUGGACUUAUAACGAAUCGGUUAUUUGCAUAGCGAUAUGGUCGCAGACGCUGAAGGGGUAUUCCAUCUUGUUGGGUCAGUGGAUGAUGCAGAACGUUUACGUGGAUUACGAUUUAGCCAACAAUCGUCUUGGUUUCAUGCCAAAAAACUGCACACAAGUUUCUAAUUAA